AUGGCCCCGAAUGAGCGGUCACGUCUCCUACCACCCCCGGCCUCAACCAGGGUAGACGAUAAUGCUCCGGAACAAAACAAUUCCAAGGUGAAACGCUCAGCGGGGUUGAUAGUUUGCGCAACUUUCCUUGGAGAAUUCCUGGCCAGUGCCGAUGAGUCCCUUAUGAUUUCGACGUACAGUGCCAUCGCAUCCGACUUUCGCAGUCUUCCCAUGGGAUCUUUCCUGCUUGUGGCAUACAACUUUGGAUAUUGUGUUGCCUCGCCUGUGUAUGGAGUAUUGGGCGACCUUUUUGGAAAGAAGAACAUCAUGCUCUGGUCUUAUUUGUCCUUUAUGCUGGGAUGUAUAGCUUGUGGUAGUAGUGCCUCUAUUCAGCAGCUCAUUCUGGCAAGGGCUUUGGCUGGAAUGAGUGGUGCGGGCAUGGUAUCGUUGGUCUCAGUGAUCAUGACAGACAUCAUGCCCUCCGAGGAUGUAGUGAUGUAUCGCAACUACGCCAACAUGGUUAACAUGGUCGGACGAGCUUUGGGAGCACCGAUUGGGGGUUUUCUGACCCAGACGGUGGGCUGGAGAUGGUCCUUCUUUGGCCAGAUUCCGUUGGUAUUGGCUUCAAUCUUGAUCACUGCGCAGCAGAUGCCAUCCUCCCUGAAUCGGCCGCAGCAUAUCGAAACCUCUGCGCGGUCAAAGCUCAAGCAUCUUGACUUUGCUGGCAUCAUCGUAUUCGCUGCAGCUGUUCUUUCACUUCUACUCAUGGUUCAUAACUUCGACUCAGUAGGACUGCAACAAUCACAACUGUUUUUUCUCACUGCAGGAGCAUUCUCGCUAUUUACAGUCAUGUUUCUUUUGGUGGAGAUUUUCUGGGCAGUGACUCCCUUGAUUCCUUUGGAUUUGAUGAAAACAUCGUUUGGAAUGUAUUGCGUCUCACAGCUGUUGGUCACAACCGGUCGAAGUGCGUUCAUGCCCACCACGGUUCCUUAUUUUGUCCGCGUUCAUAACGCGAGCGACUUUGAAGCAUCUUUGGUCAAUGUAAUUGCCAUGUUUGGUGUCCCAAUUGGUGGCUUCCUAACCGGCCUUUUCAUCAAAAGAACAAACCAACAUAAGAAAUUGGGCAUCAUGGCUGCAAGCCUCAUGGGCGUGGUUUAUCUGGUCAUAUUCUUGCGGUGGCGAGUCGGCUGCCAUCUUUGGGAAUCCCUAUACCUCCUUCCAUUUGGCUUCACCAUGGGUGUCCUUUUCUCCACUCAAUUCAUUGGAAUGACAUCAACGGUUCUCAAAGAGCGUUUGGGACAGUGCGUGGGCACUUUCUAUCUCUUUCAGCAACUGGGGCGCAUCAUCGGGCCUGUCUUCGGAUUAAAGCUAAUCGACCAAAUAUUCAAACAAAGCCUGAUUGACAAACUUACAUCAGGGCCUGAGAAGCAAACGCUUAUCAACAAUAUUUUGAAUGAUGCUCGGUUUUCUUUUACUCUUCCGACAUCGAUGCAAAGGAUCGCGUCUCAAAGCUUUUUACACGGGUUUCAAGUUGUCCCUUGUUCUGUGUCAUUUGUGUUGUCUUCGCACUACCAGUCAUGA